CCCGGAUAAGAGCCAUGCCGAAGGGAAAGCCACGCAAAAAGACGAGGAAGCAUGAAGAAAUACAGAAGCAAGGAAUACAUUUGGUGCGAGAACGAGGUCAGCACUUACUGAAGAAUCCUCUGAUUGUGAAUGGAAUCAUAGAAAAGGCUGCACUGAGAUCAACUGACGUUGUUCUGGAGGUUGGUCCAGGUACAGGCAACAUGACAGUCAAAUUACUGGAUCAGUGCAAACGAGUUGUAGCAUGUGAGGUAGAUCCUCGAAUGGCGGCUGAGCUGCAGAAGAGAGUGUUAGGGACUCCUGCAUCACAGAAAUUAGAAAUAAUGGUUGGAGAUGUGAUCAAGACUGAAUUACCGUUUUUUGACGUUUGUGUAGCCAACCUUCCAUACCAGAUUUCGUCACCGUUUGUAUUCAAACUUCUUCUUCAUCGGCCAUUUUUUAGAUGUGCUAUUCUUAUGUUUCAACGGGAGUUUGCUCAACGUUUAGUAGCCAAGCCUGGUGACAAGCUUUAUUGCCGAUUAUCAGCCAACACCCAGCUGUUGGCAAGAGUUGACCACUUAAUGAAGGUUGGAAAGAAUAAUUUUCGUCCGCCUCCUAAGGUGGAAUCGAGUGUUGUGAGGAUUGAACCAAGGAAUCCUCCUCCUCCGAUCAACUUUAAAGAAUGGGAUGGUUUGCUUCGAAUCCUUUUCAACAGAAAGAACAAAACGCUAUCAGCUUGCUUUAGGACAUCAACUGUACUUGAACUAUUGGAGAAGAACUACAGAAUCCACUGCUCCUGCAAUUCAAUUGCCGUACCGAAAGAUUUCAAUGUGAAGAAUGCAGUGAAAGAAAUUAUAGUCGGCUGCGGAUAUGCAGAGAAACGCUCAAAGUCGAUGGAUAUUGAUGAUUUCUUAACUGUACUGGAAGGAUUCAAUUCUCAAGGUUUUCAUUUCACGUAAUAUUUCAGUUUGGUAAAUAGAAAUUGUUGCUCUAAUAUAUGUGAGCUACAUCGUGGACUUAAAUUAGUUUACAACAAACUCUAUUAUUACUAAAACAAAAUUGAUAUUUAAUGUUGAUGUCAUAGUUGUAACGACUACUGUUAUGAUUGGAAAGUCAAUUGUAAAGCAAGGUAAUGUUUUAUCAUAUUCAUAGGCGUACGAAGUUUAAAGGU